AGACCAUCAAGGGAAAUUCCUCGGCCACAUUUCUAACCACAACCCUUCCACAAUGUCGAGGUCUUUAAUACCGAGCAGCUCGCUGCUUUCUGCGCUCUCUCCCACGAUGAUAUCACAGAUCCCACGGACACAAUGCCUAGCUACGCUCCGAACCCGCACUGCCGUAUCGAAUUUGGGCGGCAUCCAUGGUGCACGGAGGGCAUUUAGCAAGACAGCUAUGCGCCCAGCUAGAUCUGUGGAGGAGGCAAAGAGUAGAUAUAAGUCGGGGCCGUUCUCCUGGAAAGCAGGUGUCAUCUUCCUCGGUUCAGGCGCCAGUCUGAUCUUCUACUUUCGCUACGAGAAAGCACGCAUGGAGCGCGCACGGAUUGCCGAAGCAGCUAAAGGCGUCGGGCGCCCAAAGGUGGGGGGACCAUUCACACUUGUCGACCACGACGGAAAGCCCUACACGGAGGAGAAUCUGAAGGGGAAAUACAGCCUUGUGUACUUUGGGUUUACGCACUGCCCUGAUAUCUGCCCGGAGGAGCUCGACAAGAUGGCAUCGAUGAUCGAUCUCGUGGAGGCGAAGCAGCCAGGCACCAUGGUGCCGGUCUUCAUUACCUGCGAUCCAGCACGCGACACGCCGGCGGUGGUGAAGGAGUAUCUGGCGGAGUUCCAUCCAGCGCUGGUGGGACUGACGGGAACCUGGGACCAGGUCAAGGACGUGUGCAAGAAGUAUCGGGUAUACUUCAGCACGCCGCAGGGCGUGAAGCCGGGACAGGAUUACCUGGUGGACCACAGUAUUUACUUCUACUUGAUGGACCCAGAGGGCGAUUUUGUGGAGGCUAUUGGACGCCAACAUAGCCCUACGGAUGCGGCGAGGAUUAUUCUGGAUCAUAUCGGUGACUAUCGCGGGAAGAUCGAUCGAGCCUAAACAGCAGGCUGGAGGUUACAAUCAAGGGUGUAUGAUAUGUGUAUGAGAAGUAUAUCAGACCUAAAAUAGACGACUGUAGGAUAUGAUUGAAGGCUAAGUUUGGCAGAGGCCUCAGCUGAAGGCAGGAAGAGACAGAUAUUAUUGUACAUCAGAAGGUCAUAAAUAACGGCCGCAACGAAUCCACU